AUGGAGCUUGACAGAAUCAGCGCAUUGCCAGAUUCUUUAGUAACUCACAUACUCUCGUACCUUUUGGUCCACGAUUCGUUUAAGACAAGUGUUUUAUCGAAGAGAUGGGAAUGUCUCUGUCUAAAGGUUCCCGUAUUGGACUUAACCACACUUCAGGUCUCUCUUCAAGGAAAAGCCAUGUCGGGGUUGAUGCGUAGAUUUUUGAAGCUUAACCGUGGAUCAUGCCUGCAAAGUUUCAACAUAAAGUGUGCCACUUAUAAUUUUUUCUCUCCUUAUAGUUCCAAAGGAGUGAAAGAAAUCACUUUUGUUGACUUUUGUCAAGAAAAAAAGAAGGUAAGGUAUAAUGAUUCCAUCGACUGUAACGAUGGAGUUACGGAUUUGAUAGCCGAGGUGAUCCAUCGCGGGGUUCAACAUCUAGAGGCCGAUAUGUUCGAAUUAAGGCCUCGGCAUGUUAUCAAUCUAAUGCCUAAGUAUGUUUAUGUCAGCAAGACAUUAGUGUCUUUAAAGCUUGCAAACGUAGGGCUUGAGAAUCCCUGCAGCCUCUCUCCUCUUCUUGAAGUUCUUACCUUCGACGCUCCUGAUUCAUCAUUGGAUCCACAGCAAAACCACGUUCGGCAGAAUCUUCCUUUUUUAAGAAAGCCAAAGAGUUUGAUACCGAGGCUGGAGUAUGUUAAGAUUAACAGACUGAUAAUGAAGACAGGAUCAAGUGGGAUCAUCAGACUAGUGAAUUACUUUCUUGAGAAUUCAGCAGUCCUCAAGAAACUGACUCUAAGUGUCACACAUUCUUCUGUAACCAACGAAGAGCUAGAGAGCUACAAGAAGCUUCUUACAUCUGCAAAGCUUUCUCCCACAUGUCAAGUUAUCAUACAUUGA